AUGCCCUACAACACCAACGCAAUUCCUCCUCGAAAGGAGCCUACCGGCCAGACUCAGCUUCCAUUAUCAAGAGUCAAGAAAAUCAUCAGCCAGGAUCCAGACGUCCAGAUGUGCUCUAACAACGCCGCCUUUGUCAUCACCCUCGCUGCCGAAAUGUUCAUCCAGCACCUCACCGAAGAAGCCCACACCCAAGCAAAGCUCGAACGCAAACCCCGUCGCAACAUCCAAUACAAAGACGUCGCCAACGCAAUCUCUCACCGCGACCACCUCGAAUUCCUCGAAGACGUCGCCCCCAAAACAAUCCCCUUCAAAAAGGCAAAAGCCAUCAACCAGGCCCGCCUCCGCGGCGAGCUCCUCCCCGAGUCUGCCUCCGCCUCGACAAACGGCACCGCAUCAUCAAAGAGCAACAGCAAGACGCAUGGUGGUGAGAGCGCGCAGGGCAACGGCGUCAGUGGGAAUGGUAACAGGACGGACGAUCCUAGUGAUCAGCUUGAGCUGGAGAUGAGGCAGGCGGCGCAGCCGGAGGAUGAUGAUGCGGAUGUGGACAUGACGGGUUAG